UGGCGCGCUCGCGAGGAGCAGCCGCCGUCGGUGGCCGAGGGCUACGCCUCGCAGGACGUGUUCGGCGCUACCGAGACCAGCCUGUGGUACGACUUCCUGCCCGACCAGGCCGCGGGGCUGUGCGGAGGCAACGGACGGGCGCGACAAGCCACCCAGCGCCUGAGCGUCCUGCUGUGCGCCAACGCCGACGGCAGCGAGAAGCUGCCCCCGCUCGUGGCUGGCAAGUCGGCCAAGCCCCGUGCGGGCCAAGCCGGCCUGCCCUGCGACUACACCGCCAACUCCAAGGGUGGUGUCACCACUCAGGUCCUGGCCAAGUACUUGAAGGCCCUGGACGCCCGAAUGGCCGCCGAGUCUCGCCGGGUCCUGCUGCUGGCCGGCCGCUUGGCUGCGCAGUCCCUGGACACCUCGGGCCUGCGGCAUGUGCAGCUGGCCUUCUUCCCGCCGGGCACCGUGCAUCCGCUGGAGCGGGGAGUGGUCCAGCAGGUGAAGGGCCACUACCGCCAGGCUGUGCUGCUCAAGGCCAUGGCCGCGCUAGAGGGCCAGGAUCCCUCAGGCCUGCAACUGGGCCUCAUGGAGGCCCUGCACUUCGUGGCUGCCGCCUGGCAAGCAGUGGAGCCUUCGGACAUAGCCACCUGCUUUCGUGAGGCCGGCUUCGGGGGUGGCCCUAAUGCCACCAUCACCACUUCCCUCAAGAGCGAGGGGGAGGAAGAGGAGGAGGAAGACGAAGAGGAGGAGGAGGAAGAGGAGGAGGAGGGUGAAGGAGAGGAGGAGGAGGAAGGAGAGGAAGAAGAGGAGGAAGGGAGGGAAGGAGAGGAGUUAGGGGAGGAAGAGGAGGUGGAGGAGGAGGGCGAUGUUGAUGACAGUGAUGAAGAGGAGGAUGAAGAGGAGGAGGAGAGCUCCUCUGAGGGUUUGGAGGCCGAGGACUGGGCCCAGGGAGUAGUGGAGGCCAGUGGCAGCUUCGGGGGUUACGGUGCCCAGGAGGAGGCCCAGUACCCUACUCUCCAUUUCCUGGAAGGUGGGGAGGACUCUGAGUCAGACAGUGAGGAAGGGGAGGAAGAUGAGGAAGAGGAUGAUGACGAUGAAGAUGAUGACGAUGAGGAGGAGGAUGGUGAUGAGGUGCCUGUACCCAGCUUUGGGGAGGCCAUGGCGUACUUCGCCAUGGUCAAGAGGUACCUGACCUCCUUCCCCAUUGAUGACCGCGUGCAGAGCCACAUCCUCCACUUGGAACAUGAUCUGGUCCAUGUGACCAGGAAGAACCACGCCAGGCAGGCGGGAGUUCGGGGUCUUGGACAUCAAAGCUGAGUCACUGGGCCUAGCUGUGGCCCCCAACCCAGAUUGGCAGCGCCAGCCCAGGGCACAGGACUCUCUGGGCACCCGCUGUGCAUGGAGCCAGAGUGCGAGCCCCGGAUCCUUUAGUGAUGCUUCCCCUGGCCCUGUGACAGGCCCAGGGCUGAGAUUGGAGGUUUCCAAGAGGCCCUCCAGGGGAGUGACAAUGGGAGCUUCCCUUGUGGGCAGCUGUAGGCCCCAUGCCUCUCCACCCUCUCUGGCAGGGCCCAUCCUGGGCAGAGGGGCCUGGGGCUGGGCCCAGAGUCCAGCCAUCCAGCUGCUCCUUUCCCAGUUUGAAUUCAAUAAAUCUGUCCACUCCCCUUUUGUGGGGGUGAACAUUUUAACGGCCAA